AUGACGGAAAUCACUCAAGUAGAGGCGCAUGUUAAGACAGGUUUACCACCUUGUUGUCUAAGAAUAUUUCAGGACAAGUUUGUCCUUGUUGGUACAUAUGAGCUGGAUAAGCCUACAGGAAACAGAACAGGCUCAAUUGACAUAUAUGAUGUCAAUUUUAAACUUAUAUACACAUACUUUACAUAUGGUGCAAUCUUAGACUUAAAGUUGAGUCCCUUCGAUAGUACACUGCCAGCAACUGCUCAUUCUACAUGGAAUAUUAUGAUAUGGAAUAUCGUUACAGAAGACUGCAAUAGUGAUAUAGCCAUUGAACUAAUAUCUGACCUAUUUGCAUUUGAAAAUGAUACUUUGUUCACUCCUUUACAUUUUCUCCAUUAG